AUGCAAUUAAUAGAAUAUCUGAACCAGAAUAAUAUUUUACCUCUAAAACAAUCAGGUUUUAGGGCUGGACUAAGCACGGUUACAGGGCUAUUGAGUGUGGUCGAUGAUAUUUUAACAGCGCAGGAUACAGGAGAGUCUACAAUUUUGAUACUGCUGGACUUUUCGCGUGCAUUUGACACAAUAGAUACUACUUUACUUCUGUCGAAGUUGAUGUAUUAUGGUUUUGACUGUAACGCAUUAAAGUGGUUUGAAAGUUAUUUAAAUGGUCGUACACAGCGAGUCAGACUUCAAAAUGAAACUGGUACCAACAUUUUUUCUGUUGCGUCUCCUGUUACUCGUAGCGUUCCACAAGGGUCAAUUCUAGGCCCUUUACUGUUUAUUCUCUACAGUGCCGAUAUUACGGGCUGUUUUAAAUAUUGCCAGUAUCGUUUAUAUGCCGAUGACCUUCAAGUCUACAUAUCAUUUAACAAACUAAAUCAGGAUUUAAGCGUGAUCGCUGAAUGGGCGAAUAAUAAUGAACUCAUCUUAAAUUCAAAUAAAAUAAAGUUAAUGAUUUUGGGGUCAAAGAAAUUAAUAGAACGAACGAAUGCUCAUAAGCCUAAAAUUGUUGUUGGUGGCAACUAUUUUGAACAGGUAUCCGAAGUUCGUAACUUAGGUAUAAUUAUGGAUAGUAGCCUAAGGUUUGAAAAUCAUUCUAAACUUAUCUACGACAAGCAUAUAUCUAGCAUUAUAACUAGGGCAUAUAAAGCCAUGGGAUUUGUCAUCCGCUGUUCUUGUGCCUUCAACAGCCUAAAGACGAUAAAAAUUCUCUACUGUUCAUUUGUACGUCCUAUUCUUGAAUAUGCAUCACAGGUCUGGAACCCACAAUAUGAGGUUUAUAAGUCUCGUAUUGAGGGUAUCCAGAAAAGGUUUCUAAAGUAUCUUGAUUAUAGAGCGCAUACAGAUUCUCAGAACUAUGAAGAGAGGUGCAAACGAUAUCACUUUCUUCCUUUAUCUGUUCGGCGUAAUAUUAAUGACGUAUGUUUUUAUCUAAAAAUUUGCAAUGGUUCAAUUUACUCCCCGGAAUUAUUAUCUGAUGUUACUUUAAAUGUUCCAUUAGCAAAUAAGAGGAAACGCAAACUUCUUUACAUAAACAGAGCUCAUACGAACUAUAGACGUAAUUCUUUCAUGAUUAGAACUGCUAAAUUUAUAAACUCGCUUAAUUUUGAUAUUGAUCCAUUUUAUACUACCCCGAGUGUGGCCAAGAGUACCUUAACCAGUGAAUAUUUUGCUUAA